GGCAGUUCUAGAGGCAGCCAGUACCUCUCAUCCCACACUCACUCUCCGCCAGCCUCACAGGUCUGUGGAUCGCUAUCACUUCAUCUCUCGCUAUCCAACUCACGUCGUUACAGCAUUCUUCAUAUCCCCCCAUGUGAGAAGGCGAGAGCGGAAGACACCUUCGAGGCUACACAGGUCCCUGAAGGAGGAGUAAGGAAGCCAUGGGGAAGGACACGGCGCUGCUCAUCUUGGUCCUGCUGCUGCUGGCCGCUAUCAUCGCUAUCAUCAUUGUCUGCUUCAGGACCACGUACGGAUUGCGCCCCUUGGAGGAGGAGGAGCCCCUGUGGAAGACCAGCGUUGUCCAUCAGGUCCACGCUCGCUCCCUCUACGAUGUCCACCCUGAUGGAACAGGGGACAUUGCCGGAAUCACCUCCAAGGCGGACUACCUGAAGGAGCUGGGUGUUGGCAUCGUAUGUAUCAGUCCGAUUUACAAGUCACCCAUGAAGGACAGCGGGUUCGAUAUCUCAAAUUUCACAGACAUCGAUCCUGUCUUCGGUAACAUGGCGGAGUUCGAUGAUCUCAUUACCGCAUUCCACCAGAGAGGCUUGAAGGUAGUGCUGGAGAUAGUGCCCAACCACAGCAGUGACCAGCACGAGUGGUUCUUGAGGUCUGUGGAGGGCGAGGCGCCCUACGGUGACUACUACACGUGGGCGGACCCCAAGGGCGUCGACGCCCAUGGCAACCCCGUCCCCCCCAACAACUGGAUAAUCAUUUACACAUAA